CGCCUUUCAGGAGCGUCCCGCAGCGUAACCGAACGGAGCUCUGCGUGUACCACAGCAAGCCGCUGCCGUGUUAGACAGAAAAAAACUGUCGUUGAACUACCUGAUAUUGUCUCUCCCUCGUGUUCGACCCGUUGACUCAACAUUUGUUAUUAACAAGAAGCAAGCGGCGAGUGUCUGGUUAUAACGUGAGCAUGGAUUCGCUCAAACCUCCUUCCCUUUUCCACGUUUUCCUCUGGUUACCAGCCGCACUGGCUCUCGUGGAGGAGCCGACCAACGUGACCCUGCAGUGCCACAAUAUGCACAACAUCGUGCGGUGGAGUUACCAGCGCCUCUUGCCAGGGCUUCGAUUCAGAGUGGACAUCCAUUCAUAUUUGGGUCCUGCUGAUGCAGUUUGGGUGGACCCACCAGCUCUACAAGCCAACGUCUCUUUUCUCUCUGAUCCAGACAAUGAAUAUUACCUUACUGUAACUGCAGUCAUUGGUCAGAAUGAGUCGGCGUCGGCGCCUCCCGAAGGAAUCACUUUCAGCUACUUCAUGGAUUCUCCCACGAUUCAGAAAUGUUAUCUAGACCUCCCACCAGUGAACGUCACUGCCCGACCGGACGACAUUAUUGCAUUCAGCUUCACACAUCCUUGGCUUUUUUACCACCCGGCGAUGCCCAGCAGCCAAAUCUCAAGACCCAGAAAUAUGAGACGCAAUUAUGCACAGAGGGAGCUGCCUGUGUUUAAUUAUGGUGUUGUCAUCAUCAGCCAGAAGCAGCCGCACCAUUUCAGGUGUGCGAAGAGUGUGUGUAAGCAGAAAAUCCCAGUGGAGCGUGCACGAGAGGAACACUGUCUGAACAUCACGGGAGAGAUGCAGAAAAUCGCUGUUAAAUCCACACAGUUGUACUGCGCUGGGCCAUUUUCAGAAACGUCAGAAAUGCAACAGGAGCAAAAGAAUUAUGUCAUCUACAUCGUGGUCAGCUUGCUGACCGUGAUUGUGGCCGCCUUCAUCCUUUUCCUGGUGUACAAAAAGAUGACCAGCCCCAGAAGUGCUAACCCGACAUCUAUAACAAUCCACAGAACCAGGCCGAACACCACGGCAGCAGUUGAGGAAAUCACUGUGGUUCGAGUGGAGCCUUCCUCUCCCACACCUCUACUGUCACACCACUACCACGACAGCGGUUUCACAGCAGUGGAGCCCGAUGACCUGCGUCUGCCCAUCGGGGUGUCGACAAAUGGAGGCAUGCGCGAGCACGUAGAGACGGAGAGAGCGGAUGAUGAAGGAGAGGGUUACACGGCAGGAGGCAACUUCGAUGAAGCGGAGACGGAGAGCUGCAGCGAGGCUCCUUCUGGCUACGAGAAGAGGGAUGUGUUGGUCAAGUUGGGCCCAAAUGACUCGGUGGAGGGCUACCGUGCCUGAGAAGAUGCACUUUCCUGGAGUGAGAAAUGAGAUUUGACGGUGACUCUUAAAAGAUUGCAAAAGGGAGUUGUGGUUACACAUUUCAGGUGUUUUAUUUAUUUUUAUUUCACCUUUUCAUCAGUUGCAUAGUUUCUUAAAAAGUACAAGACAGAAAGAGCUAUGUGGAUCCUUAGAGUAUUUGCAGGUCUGUUUUAUUUUACUUUUUUAUUCUACACAUAUUUGUGUGUCAACUCUCAACUUGCUAUUGACGAUGGGAUGAGAAAUCUUCAUCAAAGAGACUUCAGAUCAGAUUGGCGUCUUUCUGGAGCGAGAGACCGUGGAAGACCGACAGGAAAUGGCCUCAAAUGGACUCGGCACCAGGUGAUGCAGGGACCCCAAAAUAAGUGCGUUUAACUCCUGUGAGAAUUAGGACUGAAUAAUUUUUGGGGGAAACUGCAAAGUGACAUUUUGUGUUUUUUUUUAGUCCAUUGCUGUGUGACAAGUUGACAUCUUGACUGACCAUCACCACAUGAGGUACCAUCAAAAUACUCACUUUUACUAAUGCAAUGCAAGGGUGAUGAGUUAAAGGUUGUUGUUUUUUUUUGCCAAUUGCAAAAAAAAAGUAUCAUUCAG